UAUCACAUUUACCACGUGGUAAGCACAUUUUUGCGUUCUGUGUGUAGAAACCAUUACCGCGUCCUGUUUACUGCAGUGAGAAUCAUAUCGCUAUUUGAGUCGAAAAACCAAUAAAGAGAAAUCAGAAGAAGAAAAACCAUAUCACCAGAUAAUGUCUCGAUUAAGACAUUGGACGCACAUGUGCGGAAUGGGAUUGCUAAUAUGCAAUGGUUGCGAUCAUUACGAGCGGGUUGAGGAAGGCAAGACGAAGAGACCGAACAGCAAUAACAUAUCCAAAACAAAAAUCAAAAAAGUUAUGCUUGCACGAGAAAUGAAGAUUGCGCUAAUGUUGAUAAAAAAAUUGAAUAACAAUGAUGAAAAAGAUAAAAUGCUAAGAGGACUUAGUAAAUGGCUCAAGAUACGAUUAACACAUCAUAACUUUACGAAGACAGAUUUUUUAAUGUUAUGGAAAGGCUUUUUUAAUUUUAUGUGGAUUAAAUCGAACACCAUAUACACCCAGAAAAAGCUGGCGAAGUUAUUCAGCAAAAGUGUGCACUGCUUGGAAACAAGAAAGACAAUUAUACUUUACAUUAGCUGUGCCCUACAGAUACUUGCUGUCAAAUGGUCUAACAUAAAUCAUCGUAGACGAGAUUCAUUCUUCACGUUAGUCGAAAUGAUUAUUCGUCAAACGUUUGUAAUUUGUAAAAAUCAGUCAUGGAACAUGAAAUGGGUAACAAAAUUCGCAAAAAUGUUUACGCAACUCUUUUUACAUGAAAAAAACGAAGACUUUACUAUGUAUAUGGCAGAGAUGUAUGUGAUCGAGAGUGCUAAGAUUUGUGGAAAGAAUGAAAAUCUACCAGAUGAUAUAAUCCGUAAACUUUUUACACCCUUCAUUGAGUGUAUGAAAAGAAAAGAGGAACUACACAAGAAGGCGAAAAAAGAAUUUAAAACGAUGAGAAACCGUAUCACGCUACGAUCUGUAAGAUAUAACGAACUUAUACAUGUUUAACUAUAAGAGAUAUCACUAUAGUAGAUAUCAUCAUAAUCGCAUAAAAUAUAGUAGAUAUCACCAUAAAAAUGCGAAUUCUGAAAUACAUAUGUUAUUAAAUAAAUAUCUCUGAUCCGAAUUGUUUUCUAAUCUUUAUGAGAAGCCUCUAUUCCCUGACAACAUCCUGAACACUUUAGACAAAUAAUCAAAUAUAUUGUAAAUAUCGUACUGUUUAACUUUCUGAAAGUGAGAUCCACAAAUUCUAAAUAAUUUUUACAGAUCUGUCAUGCGAUAUAUCAUGAGACAGUAAUUUAAGACUUUGCGUUCUUUUAUAACAAAUUUAUAUUUUACACCACUGCUAUUAUCGUCUCAAAUAGUGUACUUUAUAGGAUAAAAAUACAUUCCUGAAAACGAGAAAAACUGGUGAAAUCGUGUCUUGAGAAACAUCCACGAAGCAUAUAAUCUGUUGACAGAUGUUAAGCAUUCAUGUGUUUUGAAUAUUUUAUCAGUUGUGACACACGUUACUUUGAUUACUCGU